CGGCGGGCGGGGCGGGGGCGUGGCCGGCGGCGCUGCGAGCGGCUUGUUGUGCGCGCUGCGGAGCCGUUAGCCUCCCGCUGCCCAGGCCCUGCCGAGCCGGCGACAGAUAUAUUAUAAAAUGUCUAAUGGUUAUGAAGAUCACAUGGCUGAAGAUUGCAGGGAUGAUAUUGGUAGAACAAAUUUAAUUGUGAACUACCUCCCUCAGAACAUGACGCAAGAUGAGUUACGGAGUCUAUUUAGCAGUAUUGGCGAAGUUGAGUCUGCAAAACUUAUUCGGGACAAAGUUGCAGGACACAGCUUAGGCUAUGGCUUUGUGAACUAUGUUACUGCAAAAGAUGCUGAAAGAGCAAUAAACACACUGAAUGGCCUCAGACUUCAGUCAAAAACUAUCAAGGUUUCCUAUGCUCGUCCAAGUUCUGAAGUUAUCAAGGAUGCUAAUUUAUAUAUUAGUGGACUACCAAGGUCAAUGACACAAAAAGAUGUAGAAGAUAUGUUUUCACGUUUUGGACGCAUCAUCAACUCGCGUGUGCUUGUGGAUCAAACUACAGGUUUGUCCAGAGGGGUCGCAUUUAUCCGGUUUGACAAAAGGUCAGAAGCAGAAGAGGCAAUUACAAAUUUCAAUGGUCACAAACCCCCAGGUUCCUCCGAACCCAUUACAGUGAAGUUUGCAGCCAAUCCUAACCAGAACAAAAAUGUGGCACUGUUAUCGCAGCUGUGUCAUUCACCAGCUAGACGGUUUGGAGGGCCAGUGCAUCACCAGGCGCAAAGAUUCAGGUCAGCAGAGAAUCAGGAACUGCCACCGCCAUGUUCUUGGCAGAGAGCAGCACGUGUACCGCUUUUAAGUGGUUUGCAUAUCACCAGUGGUACACCACAGUUUGGGAACCCCUGGUUCUCUCCUAUGGGUGUAGAUCACAUGAGUGGGCUUUCUGGUGUAAAUGUUCCAGGAAACGCAUCUUCUGGCUGGUGUAUCUUCAUCUACAACCUUGGUCAAGAUGCUGAUGAGGGAAUCCUCUGGCAGAUGUUUGGCCCCUUUGGUGCGGUUACCAAUGUGAAAGUUAUUCGAGAUUUCAACACCAACAAGUGCAAAGGUUUUGGUUUUGUGACCAUGACAAACUAUGAAGAAGCUGCAAUGGCCAUAGCAAGUCUUAAUGGCUACCGCCUGGGGGACAAAAUCUUACAGGUUUCCUUCAAAACCAACAAGUCCCACAAAUAACUUGCUCGUGCUUUUUGUAUGGAAUAGAUAAUUGAGUGACAGAAGUUGAAACAUUUUUGUUAGUGUAAAACUCAUUUUGCGCCAAUUUUCACAAGUGUUUGUCUUUAGUCUAAAUGAGAAGUGAAAAAGGUUUUAUAUUCUGGGAUGCAACUGACAUGUUCAAAUGUUUGAAAUCCCACAAUGUUAGACCAAUUUUAAGUUCCUUUAAGUUAUUUCAUUUAAAACAUGUUAAAAAUCCCCUGAAAUCUUAAGUAGAUUGCAUUAACUAGACCCUCUGGAUGGUGGUAAAAUUGAAGCAUGCUUUCACUUAUGAGACUAACAUUUGUUCCAUUGAAUGUUGUCUGCAAAAACUGGAAUUUUCUGAAAAAUAUCAGGCUGAAUUAAUUAAUUUUCUUGUUUUUCUGUUGUUGUUUUUCCUACCCAUUCCCCUGACCUUAUAUACACCAGACUUGGUAGUAUGGAAGAAAAGUUGAGAAAUACUAAUGUUUUAGUUGACAGUAAAUUGUUUGAUCAAUUAAUAUCCAUUACUACAUAUAUAGUUGAGGAUUAGGCUUUUUAAAGUCAAGGUCUUGUAAGUAGUAGCAUGCCAGCAUAACUUUUAACACCAUUGAUGAGGUAAGUUGCACACCGAGCAGUGGCCAAGCUGUCAAAUUCAAAGGUUUUAGAAACAUUACUUUUAAAGCCCACUUUCUAAUAGGAAUGGACCAAAGAGUUUCAAAGAAACUCUGGGAAGAUUUCAGAGUCAAAAUGAAACUCCAAAAAGAGAGUGUGAAUAUAUGUUGCUACUUUAUCAAACUGAAUCUCUUCUGUCCAAAUAUUUAAUGCAUGGUGCACUACUUACUGGUACAUUAUAAUGCAGCAAGAUACUUACUCAUUUUCAAAGAUCAUUAUAGUUUGAAUUCCUUUGGUAGUUCUAUUUUGUAAAGAAAAAACAGUUAUAAACAUUUGAGCAUUGUAUUUCUCGCAUCCCUUCUAAUGAGUGCUAGAUUUUUCUAUUUUAAUAGGAUUUUGUUUUGACAACUAGCUUUACUUAUUGAACACUCAGCAGAAAAGUACUUACUACUUGCAAGUUAGAUAUUAACAAAAAAACCCUUUGAUUUGUAGAUUUAAAGAUUAAUCCCCCAAGUUUUCUGCAGACUGCCUUGAAACUUUGAGUUGUUCUGUUUCUGUUAAUUUUCUUUUGCUUUUUUGUGUUUUUUGUUUGUUUUUACUUUUGCAUUUAAGAACAUUAAAUUUGAUUUUGUUUUGCUCAAAUUUUGUUUUGUUUUUUAUUUUCUGUUAUUUUUUUGCUAAGUAUUGCACAAAGUGUCCAGCUUUCAAAGAGUGUUGUUUUAAAGAACUGUAGUUCCUCUUUAAGAGUUUUAAGUUACUCCUUUGACAGAUGCGUAGAAGAAAAAGGGUUGUGAAACAAGAGCACUACAAUAAAUAUGUCACAUAGAAACUGUGUGCCACAGACUGAUGUAACCCUGCAGGUGUUCUUUGGUAGGAAACCUGAAAAGGAUUACUCUAUCAGGUAAAGGCUGUGUAAGGAUACUGUGCAUGACUAGAGACUUGGCAUGGGCAACCUUCAGGUCUAGUGUUUAUGUUCAGUUGCCAGAAGGAAGAGCAAAUGUGAAAAUGGGCUCAGUGGCAGUUUUAUUGCAGUGUCUCCUUUUUUUUGCGUGAACCUCUACCAGUCCCAAAGUUUAUUUUCAAAUUCCAGAGGCCAUUCCAUGCCGCCUGCUCCUAUCACUCCAUCCCUAGCUGACCUUGCCUUGUGUUCAGAAUCAUUUUGCCUCGUCCUGCAGUAGGAUCUGCAGUCUUGCACAGCCUAAAGAAGUCUGCAUCAGCAUCCGUGCACGCUGCCGCUGAAGAGCGGCUGAACUAGCCGCCCAUCUCCAUUAAUUACCUUCAGCACUGUCUAGGAAAUGCUGUUGCUGAUAUUUCUGGAACUGCCUAUGGCAUACUUAAAGCCAUAUAGAUAGGCCUUGGCACGUUGAGCAGCCUCCCACUGUUUUUGAGCUUGUGUGCAGUGAAUAUAAGUGGGAUUUUUGCUAUUAAUACAUUCAGCCUUUCCUUUCCUGCCAGUCCUGUUCACUCUACCAUCUUUUGAGAAGCACAAUGGUCUGUAAAACAGUGGCUGUGAUGGAGCAACCAACCAACUCCCACCCCACAAAGUGUGCUUUCUGGCUGUCUAGUCCAGUGUCUAUUUCAGAUGUUUCCACAAGUUUAUCAUUCAUUUAUCAUUUCGGUGAAUACUUUUCUGUGUACAAGGAGAGAUUCAGCAGCAUUCAGUGGAUUUCUCCCUAGUUAAAACUGUGUGGUAUAGAGAAGUCGUCUUGCUGUGUCCUGUCACCUCUUAACCUCACACUAUCCUGUUCCACAGGAGUGGGUCUACAAUUGUUUCCAUUUUCCUGUCAUUAUCUCUUACCUUAUUUCAUAUAAGAUUAAUUUUCAAACUACAUGGGAGUUGCUAUUUUAUCACAGCAUUUAGAUGGGGGUUCAGACUUGAAUGAAAGACACCCUAAAUACAACUUUGCAUCAGUAAUCAUUACAAGCAUGCUGGCCAUUGCAACCGUAUCAGCAGCACACUGCUGUGAGCUCACCAGCUGUCACUUUUUUUAAAAAACUUUUCUUGGAGGCUUUUUGGCAUCGCUGUCAUCUGACUGCUUCCUUAUUUUUCCAUCUCUCCUUCUUUGUUAAAUAAGAAGGAAAUGCAGAAUAUUGUUUCAGUAGUGGUAUGAAAACAUCUUUUUUAGGGAACAUCUGAUCCCAGCUUCCUUUGAUAGUUGCUCUGAAAAUAGUUACCAGGCAAUUUAUGUGAGCAAAGCAUUGCUGCCUGAGUCAGGAAAAGGAAAAAAAAAAUCCUGCUAAAAUAUCAAGAGCUGAUACCAGAAGAAGUGUACGGUCUGCACCAUUCUAACAGCCAAUAAAUACUUGGCAUAAAUAACUGAAGUCAAGAAAAAAUUGUGUAUGUAUUCAUGAUGCUUUUGGUCCUAAACAAUAGCCCAUGCAUCCUACUAGUAAAGACCAAAAGGAAACUUCUGGAAGUGGAAACUAAAUUCUAACAAGUUAAACUUCCAGUGGCUUUUCUACCAAAAGGUAGGAACAACUUGUUUUCUUACCAUGUCAUCCAGCAUACCCUCCUUGAAGCUCUCCCUUGAACAUGCCUGUUUCAAGAGAGGUUUUGGCCUCUUAAUCCUCAGGGAGUUUAGAAAAAACUGCAAAUAAGUUCUGCUUUUUCAUCCUUUAAUUUGAUGAGAUCUAGUUGCUUCUUUCAGGUGACACUUCUGUCUCAGUCAGUGCUUACAAGAUCUUUGUAAAACCAAAGGCCUCUUUCAAACCAGAGGUCUCUUAUAUUUUUCAUGAGAUGCAGUAGGCUCAAUAAGGUAGAGAAUACUAGAAAGUCUCGGUUGCUGGAUUAGGAUGUGAUGAUCAGAUUUUAAAGACCUGAAUGUGAUGGUCCAUACUGGAGAUGUGCUACAGGGAACAGGUGCAAUGGGUAUGUUUUGGGGUCCUUUAGACUAGAUAAGAAGCCUCACAGGACACCCCCAGGUACCUGCUUCUGAAGGAUGAGGUAUAAUUCCUGAUGAAAACACAUAGUUAUGGCCAUGCUGCUAUUGCAGGUUCUCAUGUAUAGAAGUCGAAGAGAAUUACGAUGUCUCAGGGGACAGGGCAUAGGGAUUUGUGCCAGCCUUUCUGAAAGUAUCACCCUGGCUUUCAUGAACCCGCAAUUUGGGCAACACCAUUUCCUUUUUGCACUCAUUUGAUCAGGCAGACAAAGAUGGUGACAAAAUGAGUUUAUCUGCAUGUGUUUAAAAAGAAAAGGGGAGAGAAGACUUUUUCAUCUAUCUCCUUAUAGUCAGGGUAGCUAGCCUCAGAGCUGAAGAUCUGCCAAUUAGGAAUACAAAUGGCAAGACCAGUGAUACUGUUGUCGGGCUUCAGCUGGGCUCUAUUUUCAAAUGGACCUGUUUGCUUUGUGUCCAAAAAUCACUUGCUCUCACAAAAAGAGAGCUUGUUUGCAUGUGAAUGCUUAACACUUCAGCAGAGACUGGCCUUUGCUUCUGUAGCUUUUUCCUGCCGUGAGACACCCUGGGUUUUCACUCUGCUGGCCGGGAGCCAUCUGGUUUGGAAGGCAGUCUGCAAAUCGGUCACCUCUGAGCCUUGGCUUCUGUGGCAAUAAAAAAAGCUUCCUAUGCGAGGGCAGGAUCAUAUGUUGGGACUUGAUCAGCCUUCAGGACUUUGAAUGUUAAGCCAAUUACCUUUUUCAGGAAAUUUUACCAGCUGUUGAACGUCUUGUGUUAUUUUAACUAUUGAUUUGUCACUUUUAGCUUUAAAAUCACUUUAUUUCAUCUUGGUAUUUCUUUUGAAAGGGAAGCUCUACUGCCUUUACUCGGUACCUAUCCUUUUCUCCAUUUUUUUCAAAUACUUGUUGUAUCUGGCACUCCAAGAAGGCUCUUACCAGGCCAAGGCAUGGCUGCUAAAUAUGCUUGUUCUGGGGCUGCUUCCAAAGUUGCACAAGCAGUCUUAAUUCUUUGCAAGACUGUGGAGUUUCACACUAAAAUGAGACAAUGCCUAGUUAAAAGCAAAACUGUCCUGAUUGUGGUUGAAGACCACCUCCAAACUUCCCUGAAGAUGUGCUGGGCUUUAGUAGUGUUGUACAGAAUAAAAACAAAUAAAAAAAAAACCCCAGGUUUUCUUAGUAGGUAAAAAAUUUGAGUUUUGUCAAAAUUAAAAUUCUUUGAAGGCUUUAUUCAGACUUGGUCUUUUCCAGUCUGUUGACUUACUAAGUUUUUAUUCCUGCUCAGUAACUUACAUUUGCUUCACAGAUUUCCAUUAUGAAUGGAAUUCACCCUUGUGCAGAAAGCUAGCCACAAGCCUAAUCACAGUUUAAACCUCCUGUUAACCAUUUGCAGAUAGGGAAAUUUCACAGUAAAUAUGGAAGAGGAAACUCUAAUUUUGUUAUGUACUUUGUAUAAGCUGGCAGAGGCAAGUACAGCUCCUUCAUAUGAGGAGAUGGAAACAUCAGAAAAGCUAUUAACAUGAGCAGAAUCAAAGCAGCUUAGUGUGUUUAGUUCUCUUGUGGUUCCAUUUUAGACGGUGUCUGUAUACUAAAGUUGAAUUUAUUUUGUUCUUCAAGCUACAUCAUCAUAAAUUUUGGUUUACUUGAGAUGCUGUGCUCCACUCUUCAGUCUAGAAGGAGGGGAACUGGGCCAAUGCAGUUAAUGUUGCCUCCUGUACCGAGCUUGUGCCAAUCCCUUUGCUUCUGCUUUAGAUCUGGUUCUGAGAAGGACUUGAGGAUCCAUCUUUUAGGGUGGAAGGAGAAGUCAGGAAACACUGCUGUCCAGAACAGUGUCCCCAUAGUGGUGUGUGUCCACACAUCUUUUUCCUUCCCUUUGGUUGGUUAUGGUUUUUUUGUACAUUUGUAUCAUGAUAGCAUGAAAACCACUGGAAAUUGAGAGAUACACAAGUCACUAAAGUAGGCUAAAUUUCUCACUGCAGUGAGUACUAGUUGGUCAGUUUAUGGUCACUUAUGUUUGUCGAGAUGACCAAAGGGUGUCAGUAUAGAGAGGAUGCAUUUUUGUAGGGGCAUUGAAAGCUGUAGUAAUAUUGUUUAUACAAAGCAAUUAAAAAUCUUAAAAAAAAAAAAUAAAAAUAAAAAAAAAUUGGCAUAGCUACAUUUACAGAAGGAAUGUUCAGCAGUUAAAACCAAAAUGAUGAAAUAACUGUAAAGGUGAUUCAUUAUUUUGAAUGCUAAGUUUUGGAAAUGAAUAGUCCCUAAGGCCCUUAAACAUUUAUUAUAAUUUUAUGUUGCUUUAGUGUUCUGGGUAAGGUCAAUAAAGUAGAGAUUCUUCAAAUAUUUCAGGAGAGAUUUUUUUUUCAGUGUAUUCUAAACUGUAAUAACUAAAGUUACUUCUUGGAUAGUUUGUAGUUACAUAUGUGCUUUAAAAAAAAAACCAACAACUUGGAGAAUGUCCCCACGUUUACUUUUUUAACAAAAUAAACAGGUCUUAUAAUAAAAUAAACUGUUUAUUGAAAGUAGGUCUUCUGAUAAUCUACCUGCAAAAUGUUAGGGUUUGUGGGAGGUUUUUUAACAUACAGCUUUUUGUGAACUACUGACGGUGAUCUCAUGGUUCAAUCACAAAAGUCAAAUACAGAGCAAUUUGUCCUAAAGCUACCUCUGUCAUAAGGUUACCAUAUUUUUGACUUCCAUAACGAGGAAAUUUGUCCUUUGUAACACUGUCAGUGAAGCACCUUAUCGUAACAUUUCUACUUUUGGGCUCCUAAGAAUAGCUUUAGAGUGAAGGGACCAAAUUCACAUUUAGCACAAGAAAACACAGCUUCCUUUGAGCUCCCUUAGUGGAGCUGUACUUGUUUGUUGUUUGGGGUUUGGUUUUGUUUUGUUUUGUUUUUCCAAGAACUGAAUUUGUCACCCUAGGUACUUUUAUCUCUAUAUUUGGAAGCAGAAGAGUCUUUUUGUGCCAUAGGCAAGUUCCUCUAAUGUAGCUCUGCACUUCUCAGUGUUGGAUACGCGGCACAAUAGAACUAAGAAAUAUGAAGGUCAAAAGGCUAGCAUUUAUUUUCUAUGUAUAUUAUAUCUUAUUGGUUUUCUACUUAUUAAUUUGAAAAAUGCAGAGUUCAUAAAAAGGAUCACAAUUAUCUCCCUCUUGCUUGUAAGAGGUGGUACCUGCAUAUUGUGUGACUUCUCCAUGACACAGCCGGCAGAAUUGAAAACUGCAGUUAAUUUCUAAAAGUGUCCACUCUUAGAUUAAUCGGGUACAGCAUCAUUUUUGUGAUUGCUUUUUUUGUAAUAGUCUUAUGUAGUAAAACUAAACAAAACUUUAAGUGUUGCUUUCUCCUUCUGCAUGAUUUAAAAAACAGUUGAAGCCUUUGUGAUCUCUAAAGCAAAACACAACAGCCAGUGAGUGGAUAUGACUUUAAAUCCUGUUAUUGUUUUCUUCAGUCUUGCUGUGGUUAUUUGUUAUAUAUCACACUUGGUAAAACAUUUACAAAGGUUGAACUAGAAAUAUUUUUCUGUUGAGUGGAAUCUUCAGCACUUAAAUUUUUUUUGUUGAUAAUGAUGGAAAAUCAGUAAUAAUAGAACUGCCACCUGAAACCUUGAAAAAUUGCUACUCUGUUCACAUUUUAGAAUCUUUAUUCUCAUACUAUUGUUUCUUAUUUUUAAACAUUUUUGAGCAACUUUUCAGUGGUACAACUGAACUUUUUCACUUGGUCAUUGAGAAGAAAAUGACUUGAGACAUUUGAAACAUAAGUUGGGAUAAACCUUUAUUUGACCAGUAAUUUUGAAUAAUACUGUACUUCUAGUCUUUUUAUUGAUUUAAUUUCCCUUAACUUAUGUAAUCUUUUGUUUAUAAAUUAAUCUGUUUGUGGGACAGAAGGUUUUAUCAAUUGUUUUCCAUACUGUACAGUAUAUGGUUAAACAUUUUGUAUAUUUAGUGUGUUUUUAAGUUAUUGAUUUGUUUUAUAUCAAAUAAUUUAUUUUUCAGGUACCAUUUUCAUUUAAACUUUGUUUUUACAUGGGUUUAUUUUAAAUAAAGUAUGACACUGCUUUCCAAAUGUCUAAAAUGAAGUUGAAUCCCAUUGUGUUAUUUUGAGACUAUUUAUGUAAAUUAACUUAUUUUAGAAAUAACUGCAAAAAUGUACCAAGUUCAUACUUUGAUUGUGCUUCAAUUCAAGUGCUUGGAAAUUUUCUGCAAUGAUUUUUGAGCAAUUUGAAAAAUUGGAAUUUUCAUAUUGAAACAGUUCAAAGAUUUGUUGAAUGAAGCAGCAGCUUUGUAGAAUCCUGUGGAUGGAAUUAUGAGCAUUGUUUUCUAUAUGGUAUUUUCAAAAUUAAAUGAAACAACGCCUAGAUAUUUUACGCUAGUGUUAAUACUUAAAUGAAAUUAUCUGUCAGUAGCGCAAAGGAAUUUUGUACUUUUGCCACAUGUUCAUUACUGUUUUUGUUGAGUACUUGUUUGGAAAAUACUCAUGAUGUUUUUAAAUGAUCCAUGAUGAAAGGUGAUGUUCUUCAAAAUAGAAUUAGGCUUUUACUUAAUUGUUCAUAUUUUGUCUUUUUUUUCCUGCAGGAAUUGGAUUGUUGUUGUGCAAUUUGGAUUUUAACAUUUUUUUGGAAGAAUCUGAACUGUGUUCAUGAAUAGGCUAGUCAAGCUUACUCCACUAAAGAUUUUAUUACUUGUAGCCUUAUUAGAAAGGUGGAAUUAAAAGGCGGCGCAUGGUUUCCUUUUUAUUUUUCAGGGAAAAAAGUUGUUCUCUCCAUCUUACCAUGUUCUUCCUGAUUAAACCAAAAACAAAGCCCAGCUACACUAGUACUCAGAAAUGUAUAUUGAAACUUUUGAAGAGAGCUCUUGAGAACAAUAAAUCCAUCAGUCUUCAGGUCAGGCAGAGUACUCUGGUUCCUCUUGUCCAGAUGCAGCUCUGAGGCAGGAUAGGCACCCUGAUGUAACAGCCACAGGGGAGGUUGUGUAAGUGACCUUUUUAAGAAAUGCUCAUGAAACCAUGUUCUUUCAGUUGGAAGGAGCCCAUGUACUACUGUUGGCUCUGAACAGACUGUGUUCAAGUCUUAGUCCCUUUUUCACCAAAACAAAUUUUUAAAGUUUUGAUAAAUUGAAGUUGGCUUCUACUGAGUUUCAGCAGGUGCCUUGCUGCAUUCUUUAGUUGCAGAAAUUAUCUGUCUCUUUCAGAGCUGGGCUAAUUAUCAUACGUUUGAGGCAUUGGCUCUGAUUUUUCUCUUAUCUUAAUGACUUACCUGUGAAAAGGGAUGUAAAAUAAGAAAAAAAUAGUGUCUCAUGUAUGAUAACAUGGAAUGGAUGGUGAUGCUGCAUCAGCUCAAGCAUCUCAAUGCAGUGGAAAACUAGAUUUCCAGUUAUUUUUUCUUGUUAUGGGAAUUGCUCAGUCCAGCAGUGAUCACCAAAUUGGAAUUAUUCUUUGUGCUAAAUUGGUAAAGAGCAGAAAUGAGCAUUCUCUGUUACUAGCAGUAUAACAGCGGAUUAUUGAAUGUGCAGCAUCUGUUGUAAUCAGGAAUGCUUAAUCACCAUUGCAGAAUUUUAGAUCUUUCCUGGGUUUUCCUUUCAAUGGAGCUGUGGAAACUCCUACAUUCUUACUCCCACCAGGUGUUAGUCCCCUGUGAUUCACUUCACACAGAUUCAUUCUGACCACCAUUGUAUUUUCCAGGUUUUUUCCCCUAUGAAAAAUCAUGAGGGAAAACAUGUAUUAACCACCAAUAAGCUCUAAUAACAAAAUAUGGCCAUGUGAAGUAUGGGCUCUUCUCAGAAAUGGCUGUUUUUUUUCAAAAGCAAAACAAAAAUUCAGUGUAGACCCAUUAACCUCCACGUGGAGAUUCUGUUUUUUGCAGAAUUCCUGAUAGACUCCCUGGCUUUAGACUCUUCCCCCACUUGCUCUGCUGUGGGGACUGUUGGGGUAAACGGCUGUUAAAUGUUACCCCCUUUGUUUCUAGAAUGCUGGGGGUGGGGGAGAGGAAUUAAAAAAAGGUGUUAGACUGCACAGGUUUCCAUCUCUCUGGUAUGUUAGGAAACAAGGUGGAAAAAAUUUCAUCCUGUCUGUAUUUUUUCUCUGUAUCUCCUAUCUUU